AUGAAGAGGAGGGCAACCCAAAGAGACCAGAAGAAAAGAAGAUGCCGAGCGGAGGUGGCGGAAGAAGCUGCCAAAGUCCUCCUCCAUGAAGAUGGGCCCCCAGCGCUUGGAGCCAUGGAUGAAGAUGGGCCCAUGAUGGAAAUUUUGGUGGUUACGCAUUAUUUCCUCGCUGGCGAUACAUAUUCGAGCUGGUGGACUCUCGGUCUCCUCCUUCCAGGCUGUUUUGUCCAAGCCCUCAGCUUCAUCUGGUACAAGGCAGAUGGACAUCCGGGAUGCUUCAUGUUAAGCCUGAUUCAUAUCUUACAGCUAGGGAUCCUGAAGAGACAUGUCGACUGUUUUUGGGCAGCUUUAAAGGGAAAAGUGGAUGGGCCGAAUAAUGAAAAGGAGUUGUUAAUGCAGCAAGGCGAUGCGUCCUUACUGAGACUCCUAGAAGCAAUACUUCAGGCUCUACCGCACUUAUUGUUACAAAUCUAUAUCUACUUGACCCUAGAUGAGACUGAUGUAUAUCCAGUGGUCAGCGCACUGCUGUGCCUUUUAUCCUUGUCAUGGGCACUUGUGGUGUACAGCCGUUUCUUGUGCUUACUGAAGCCUGGACACCUCUCACUGCCUUGGGCAGCUCUACUCUGUCAAUUGCUAUGGAGAAUGGGCAUGAUCGGAACCCGUGUCCUGGCCUUGGUGGUGUUUGCCAGAGUUUACCACUUCUGGGUCUUUGCACUGGGAGGUGCUCACUGGCUAGUGAUGUCUUUCUGGCUUGUUGCUCAGCAGACCGAUGUCAUCUCAAAUCCUUGUUACUGGAGGUUAUUCAACCUACUAUUUGGAGCAGUUUAUGUCUUCUGCUUCAUUAAUAUCAGAGAUGGGCCCUCGAGGUAUCGGUGUGCCGUCUUUUAUGUGAUUAUGCUGCUAGAAAAUAUCAUUCUUCUCCUGCUGGCCACAGAUUUCCUACAAGAAGCAAUGUGGGGUAACAUUAAACUGUCGGUGGCUGUUAUGUCUGGAUUCCUGAUUGGAUGUGCCGCUCUGAUUAUUUACUAUACAUUAUUGCACCCUAAAUCUGCAGAAAUCUGUCACAGCUUUCGAAAAAGGGUUCAACAAGGAGAAGGGAAUGUGUCUGCAUUUUCCUCUGGGCGGUGGCAUGGAGUGUCAUGGGGAGACAAGGACAAGAAGCUUGGUUGUGAAGAACUGAAACGGAUGAAGCAAAGUGUAGACAAGGAACAUCCGACAGAUGUUGAAGGGCUUGUUACAUGGAUGUACGCCACUAACAAACACCAUCACUGGCUGCUCUUGAAACUUGCCAUGAAAACUGGAAAUCUUUCAAAAAUUAAUGAUGCUUUUGGAGAUGGUGGUUUUGGAGAAAUUAUUUCUCCUAGAUGUCUGGAACAAGCCCAUGUAAAAUAUUCUUUUGGUCAAAAUAUUCCAGUGUUGGCUGACCAUCGGGUACUGGAACCUCUUAAUGCAGCUAAAACUUUGGAAACUAAAAGAUGGUUGACUGGUGAAGUGCAAGCAGCAGAGGAUUUGGUUUGCACAAGUAAAACACAAGAACCAUCUACCUAUGUCACUCUAGGAAAUACUAGAGCAGAAGAAAGGUUUGGGUUGAAGAGUGCUGAUGUUUUAUGUGGUGAUGAAGGUACAAGUUCAGUAGAAAAGGGUCCUGUCCAGUUUAGAAAAGAAACCAAUACUGCCAAUUCUCCUGAUAACCUCACAUUGUACUUCAGUGCAAACACUGAGGGAAUGUUACCUUUAGUGAAAGAUGCAGAAACUGAUCUAGAAAUGCCUACUUCUAGUCCUAAUCUACCCCUUAGUAACCAAAUAAAGGAAGCCUCAGCCCCUGAGCAGGAUGCUUUUAAAACCAAUGCAUAUCCAGUGGUAUGUGUUAGCCCCAUUCUGGGCCUUGCCAUGAGUAGCAACUUCCAGAGAAGUGUUGUCCUUGAUGGAGGUAGCCUUUGUAAUGACUCUACUCUUUUGGAUGAUUCUCAGAUUAUGGAGGAUGAUGAGGUUGUUGUGAAAAAGAUGCAACACUUGUUAGCUGCUGGGGGGUUAAGACCUUCAAUAAAAGGAAGACUUAUUCAGGAAGAGAAACCUUGCUUCACAUCAACUCCAAAACCACAGCCCACAAAUCAGGAUCUUGGUCUCCGGGAAGACUCCAAAGCAAGAAGAAAGCUUACACAGCUAAAUGAAAAGUCUUAAUAUGUGGGGGUUCUCCAAGUAUUAACCGUUUAAAGCACUCAAAAUGUAGUGCUAUGCAG